AUGGGUUACCUGAAGCUGCUCGUGAUGGAGGAUUUCAAGUCGUGGCGUGGGCAUCAGGUCAUCGGCCCCUUCAUGAGGUUCAACUGCAUCAUCGGGCCCAAUGGAUCAGGAAAAUCUAACAUAAUGGAUGCUGUUAGUUUUGUGAUGUGUGAAAAGAUAUCUAAUUUGCGAGUUAAAAGUGUUCGAGAACUUAUUCAUGGAGCACAUGUUGGAAAACCAGUUUCUUCUACAGCUAGCGUGAAGAUAAUAUAUUGUGAAGAAGAUGGGGAAGAAAAAACAUUUUCAAGAGUUAUCCGUGGCUGUUGCUCUGAAUUUUUUUUCAAUGAUAAAUCUGUCAGCCGAUCUACUUACGUAGCUGAGCUUGAAAAAGUAGGCAUACUUGUCAAAGCUAGGAAUUGUCUUAUUUUUCAGGGAACAGUAGAAUCAAUUGCAAUGAAGAAGCCUAAGGAGAGAACUCAACUUUUUGAACGAAUCAGUAAUUCAUGGGAAUACGCUGAAGACUAUGAACGAAAAAAGAAGAAAAUGCAGCAAGCAGAAGAGGAUGCACAGUUUAAUUAUAACAAGAAGAAAAGCGUUGCAGCAGAACGCAAACAAGCAAAGAUAGAGAAAGAGGAGGCAGAGCAUUACCAGAUGCUUCUCAAGGAACUGGAUGAAGAAAGGAUACAACUGCAGCUUUUCCGGCUUUAUCACAAUGAAAAAAACAUUGACUUUCUGAAAAAAAGUUUAGAUGAAAAGAAUAUGGAGGCCAGUAUCAAGAAAGAGACUCUUUCUACAGCAGAAGUUGCAUUUAGAGACAAGAAAAAAGUGCUUGGUGUACUAAACAGAGACCAACAGCACAUGGAAAGAGAAAUGAAGACUCUGGAAGCAUCACUGAUUCAGCAGAAACCCCUCUAUAUAAAAGCAAAGGAAAACACUUCCUACCAAAUCAAGAAAGUAGAAAUGUCUAAAAGAUCUCUAAGGGACAAGGAGAAAUCCUGUGAUAAGGAAAAGCAGAGCAUAAAAGAACUAGAAAGAGAAUUGAAUGAUAUUGAGAAGGCCUGGAGAGCGUUUGAAAAGAAAACUGAAGAGGAGAUACUGCAGAGAGCAGCACGUAUUGAGCUGGAAGAAAGUCAGUUGGAGCGCUAUAAAGAGCUAAAGGAAAUAGCAAGAAAGAAAGUGGCUACACUAACCCAGCAGCUAGAAAAACUUCGUUGGGAGGAAAAAGCAGAUCAAGAAAGGCUGAAUCUUAAUCGGAGGAAGAAAAAAGAAGUUGAGGAAAACAUAAAACAGAUUGUGGAACAGAUAGAAGAGCAUAAAAAAAGAAUAGAGAAGUUGGAAGAAUAUGCCAAGAUAUGCACUGAAUCGUUAACAGAGAAAAAACAGCAAGUGGAAGCGCUAACUAAGGAAAUUGAAAGUUCAACGAUACGAAUGGCUGAAGUGAAUGAAGAAUUGAACAAAAUAGUUGGUGAACUGCAGAAUGCCAAAAUUGAUUACCAUGAAGGAAGGCGUCAGCAAAUGAAAGCAGAGAUCCUGGAAAGUCUCAAAAGACUAUAUCCGGAUUCUGUGUUUGGAAGACUGCUCGACCUGUGUCAUCCUAUUCAUAAAAAAUACCAGCUUGCUGUUACCAAAGUAUUCAGCAAAUACAUGACUGCUAUAGUUGUUGCCACUGAAAAAACAGCAAGAGAUUGCAUUCGGUUCCUAAAACAAGAACGAGCUGAACCUGAAACUUUUCUUGCUUUGGAUUACCUUGAUGUUAAACCAAUCAACGAAAAGUUAAGAGAGAUAAAAGGAGCUAAAAUGAUGGUGGAUAUUGUACAAACUCCAUUUGCUCCACUGAAAAAAGUGAUUCAGUUUGUGAGUGGGAAUGGCUUGGUCUGUGAAACAGUUAAAGAAGCAAAACAAAUAGCAUUUGAUGGACCAGUGAGGUUGAAAACAGUGGCUCUUGAUGGAACUUUAUUUUUGAAAUCUGGAGUGAUUUCUGGAGGAUCAAGUGAUUUAAGAUUUAAAGCUAGAUGUUGGGAUGAUAAAGAAAUGAAUAAAAUGAAAGAAAGAAGAGAUAGCUUGAUUAAUGAGUUAAAGGCUUUAAUGAAGGUCAAACGUAAGGAGACUGACUUGAAGCAGUUGCAUGCUCAGUGCCACGGAAUUCAGACACGACUUAAAUAUUCACAGAGUGAAUUAGAGCUUAUUAAAAAGAAACAUCUCGCUAAUCUCUACACGGAAAAAUCAAAACUGGAAAGUGAACUGGUAAAUAUUGAGUCUCAGCAUGAUAUGCUGAAUGAAGGAGUAGCACAAAGAAAAGAAAAAAUAGAAGAAUUUCAGAAAAAAAUUAAUGAGGAUUAUAAGUUACUCCAGCAAUCUUCCUACAUUCUCUACCUUUCGUACCAAGAUGCUGUUUUCAAGGAAUUCUGUGAAGAAAUUGGUAUAGAAAAUAUUCGUGUGUAUGAACAAGAACAUGUGAGACAACAAGAGGAGAUUGAUAAGAGAAGACUGGAGUUUGAAAAUCAGAAGACAAGACUAAACAUUCAGCUAGAAUAUAAUCGUGAUCAUCUACAAAAAUUAACAAAUGCAGUCAGCAAGUUGAGGGAGACCAUUCAUAAAGAUGAAGCUGAGAUUACUGGGCUACAGAAGGAGGAGGAAAAGCUUCUAAAAAACGUGAAUGAAAUUGUGGAGGAGCAGCAACAUCUUAAGGAUAGAUUAAGUGCUCAUAAAUCUGAGGUUAUAAAAACCCAAAAUGAAGUUGAAGAGUUUAGAAAGACGUUGUUAACUCUUAAUAGGGAAGCUACAAAAUUACAAAAGGAAGCUACAGCGAUAGAAACCUCUCUGGAAGAGAAAAGAUUAAGACGACAUAAUAUGCUUCUCGAAUGCAAGGUGCAAGACUUGAAAAUAAAGCUCCUGUCUGGAUCACUGGAUGACAUCAGUGAAGUAGAGCUAGGAACUGAAACAGAAGGCACUCAGACUACAUCAGGUAUCUAUGAAAGGGAAGAGGCAAUUCAGAUAGACUACAGCAGCCUAGCAGAAGACCUGAAGGACUUAGAGUCUGAUAAAGAUGUAGAGGAUCAUCUGAGCCAGAUGCAGCAGGAAAUAAAAUCUAAAGAGAGUACUUUAAUGAAGACAGCUGCUCCAAACCUGAGAGCAGUAGAGAAAUUACAGAUAGCUCGAGACAAGUUCCAAGAAUCAACAGAUGCUUUUGAGACCAGCAGAAAGGAGGCCAGAACAUGCAAGCAAGAAUUUGAACAGGUGAAAAAAAGGAGAUACGAGCUUUUUAGCCGGUGCUUUGAGCAUGCCUCCAUAGCUAUUGAUCAGAUCUACAAGAAACUUUGCAGAAACAGUAGUGCUCAGGCAUUCCUUAGUCCUGAAAAUCCUGAGGAGCCUUAUCUGGAAGGCAUUGGCUUUAACUGCGUGGCUCCGGGAAAACGCUUUAUGCCAAUGGACUGUUUGUCAGGAGGUGAAAAAUCUGUGGCAGCUCUGGCUCUUGUGUUCGCUAUACACAGUUUUCGGCCAGCACCUUUUUUUAUUUUAGAUGAGAUAGAUGCUGCCCUGGAUAACACAAACAUUGAUAAAGUAUCAAGUUUCAUUAGAGAACAGGCACAUGAACAGUUUCAAAUGAUAGUUAUUUCUCUAAAGGAAGAGUUUUAUUCCAAAGCAGACGCAUUGAUUGGAGUGUGUCCAGAGCGUGAUGACUUUAUGUUCAGUCGAGUACUGACUUUGGAUCUUACGGAGUAUCCAGACAUGGAGGACCAGGAAAGAACAGAGCAGCACAAACGCAGUUCUGUUUCAGAAUAAAGUAUGGAUGAUUUCAGGGCCAGGUGACAACAGCAAGAACUGCAUUUACAGCUGACUGUUCAAAAGUUUGAAUGUGGC